AUGUCUGGGCGUAAAAAGGGAGGCAAAGGGCUCGGAAAGGGAAGAGCCAAGCAUCACCUUAUGGUCCUUUGGGACAACAUUUUGGGGAUCACCAAGCCGAGCAUCAUCAAGCUGGCCCGUAAGGGCAGCGUGAAGCGUAUCAGUGGUCUCAUCUACGAGGAGACCCGUGGGGUGCUAAAGAUCUUCCUCAAGAACGUCAUCAGAGAUGCCGUGGCCUACAUUGAGCACGCCAACCGCAAGACUAUGAUCGCCAUGGAUGUUGUCUCAUCUACAAGGAGACCAAUACAUGGAAGUUUGCUCUUUGAUAAUUCUUAUUUUGGUGAAAGCUGUUGUUUGUGA